AUGCGGGGGUGGUGCGCGCGGUGGAGCGGGGCGGGACGCGCGCGGCUGCGCUGGCUGGCGGCGCUCGUGUGCUGGGGCGCGCUGGCAGGGCUGGCGCUGCCGCGGCUGCAGGCGCCGCCGCCGCGCGUCCGACCACCCGCGCCGCCCGCCCGCCUGCUGCUGCAGUCCGAGCCUGCUAGCACGCCCGCGCCCUCCACGCCUGCGCCCGCGCCGCUACCCGCCACCGACACGCGUGUGCUCUCUGAGGAUGAGCUGCGCGCCGACGCCGAGCGCAGAUUGCCCUCCUUGCCGCUCGCCUACUGGCACAAGCACAGGAACGACAAGAAUAAAUACUAUAAGAAAAAGGACUGCGCGCCUUUCCCUUCGAUAUACGACCUCGAGUUCCACAACACUUAUUGGCAGACUCUACGCGUCAAAACAGACGUCUUCCAUUUUUACGGAGCAUAUUUGGAUGCACGAAACACGUCGCGCAUCGGACCGGCGGUACGAGUACUUGGUGUACACGACCGCAUCAAGCCGACGCUCGCGACCCACUGCCAAUUGUGGUUCGAAGAACGCGAAGCACCUGUUGUAGUCCGCAACCUCGAGUAUAAAUAUGUGUGGAAUAACAAGUGGGGCAACUACCGCGAUGGCGUGCUGCAGCCAUACCUGCUGGCGUGCGUGCUGCCGGCCGAGGUGCGGCAUCUGGUGCCAGCCUCUGUCUCGAUCGUGGCCGACCCCUGUGAUCGCGCUACUAACAACUUGCGUGUGCACAAUGAUCGUCCUAAGCCACCAGCGACUCAGAAAGAGUUCGCAGUUUGUGUAAAGGGCCUUGACUUUUUACACGAAGACCUCUCCGUUCGUCUAGUCGAGUGGAUCGAGCUCAUCCGACUUUUGGGUGCAGACAAAAUAUUUUUCUAUGAGCUUCAAGUACAUCCUAACAUUACAAAGGUAUUGAACUAUUACAACGAACUCGGUGUCACCGAAGUCACUCCUAUAACCCUGCCCGGAGGUCAACCUAACCUUCCAGGACUCCAACACAUGUACCUAACAAAGAAAACCACUCACAAGCGACAGAUGGAACUGAUUCCAUACAACGACUGCUUGUACCGACACAUGUACCAGUACCGAUGGCUGGCGCUGCUCGACAUCGACGAGGUGAUCGUGCCGCUGGAGGACCCGGACUGGAGUUCGCUGAUGCGGCGCGUCCUGCCACUGGCCGCGCCGGCGCCGGGCAAGCCACCGCGCUCCUCCUAUCACGCAUCCAACCUGUACUAUCUGGACUCGCUUCAGCACGAUCACAGCUGGGAGGAGGGCGUGCCGCGUUACCUGCAUAUGCUGCAGCAUGUAUAUCGUACGCGCAACUUCACCAAGCCGGGCCAGUACGUAAAGGCGUUCCACGAGACGGAGCGCGUGCUAGCGCUGCACAACCACUUCCCGCUGGCGUGCCUGGGCGGCGCCUGCUCGUCGUACGGGCUGGAGACGCGGCACGCCCGCCUGCAGCACUACCGCGCCGACUGCGUGUCCGCGUUGAGCAAGUCGUGCGCCGAGCUGCGCGCGCAGCCCGUGCGCGACGCGGCGCUGUGGCGCUGGCGUGGCCCGCUGGUGGCCGCCGCCGACGCCGCGCUCACCGCGUUGGGUUUCCUGCCGCCGCACCGG